GGUGCAGCGCAUUUCAAAUAUAAAUACUGGCCUACGAAAUUGUUUCAGUAUCACAAUCCGUUCAACCAUCUUCGCCAGAAGAACACCAGAAGCAGAGAGUUCCACAGAGGAAGAAAAACCGAUUUCGUGUGUGCCAAAACCCCCCAAAUAAGUGACAACACAAAAUGAAGUGCUUUACAUCGAUUGCGCUGCUCGUGUGCCUGGCCGCGUUGACCCGUGCGGAACCGCCAGUGCCCCAGAACCAGUAUCUGCCGCCCAAUCAGUCGCCUCAGGCGCCCAACAACAACUACCUGCCGCCCACGCAGGGCUUCCAGAGCCCCUCGAGCAACUAUCUGCCUCCCCAGCGCACUGGCGGCAAUGGCGGUGGCAUUGCGGCGCCCAGCAACAGCUACGGCGCACCCAUUGCCCAGCCCCAGAGCCAGUAUGGUGCCCCGGCGCUGACUGGAGCGAUCUUCAAGGGACAGAAUGGCAAUGGUGCUGGCGGCUAUGGCGGCGGCAACAGCAAUGGAUACGGACAGCGCGACGAGGAGCAGUACGGCCCGGCCAAGUAUGAGUUCAAGUACGACGUGCAGGAUUACGAGUCUGGCAAUGACUUUGGCCACAUGGAGUCCCGCGAUGGUGAUCUCGCCGUCGGUCGCUACUACGUCCUGCUGCCCGAUGGUCGCAAGCAGAUUGUGGAGUACGAGGCUGACCAGAACGGUUAUCGUCCCACCAUCCGCUACGAGCAGGUUGGCAAUGGCAAUGGCAAUGGCAACGGAAACGGACGCAAUGGCGGUGCCGGCGGCUAUGACAGCAAUGCGCAGCAGCAGGGCAAGUUCAAUGGCUACUAGAGGGAGAGGACGGAGGAUGCCUUCUAGUGUACCCGAGUUAAGUCGACCACCCUCCUAGCUAUACGAUCUACUUCCGUGGAAUCAACUGCCGCCAAGCCCUGGCCGAGUAUUAAGUCCGUUGCCAGGGCGGCAGUAAUCCCUCCAAAUGUUAUCCCUCUCUGUCUCUCUCUCUCUCUGUCUCUAGUGGAGCGCCUGUCCCAUUUUUGCCAUAGCCAGGGACGCGCUCCGUUUGUUCCGCUAUUCUUCCUCCUUCGUCUCUAUGCCUGCCACGUGCUCCAUUUUUGUAUUUUUUGCCGUUUGUUUUGGUUUAAGCGCCUCCAUUUUGUGUUAGUGCACGCACACACACACACACACACACACAACGUCACACCACCAUUAACGCAUACAUAAACAUCAACCCAUGCAUACAUAUAAAUAAGAUUUGUAUUUAAUUUGUAACUGAGGAAAAUCCCCAAAUGAAAAGGAGCUGAGAAAAAUGGAAAAAAAACAUGCAAAGGAAACACGAAACAGAAUGAGAUUUCUUGUGUAUAUUUUAAUUAAUUAAUUAAACGAAUAAAGAUGCAUUUUUGUAUAAAACAAAGUCAG